AUGGCUUCUGUGCGGAGCCUCAUCCUAGCUAGAGCUGAUCCAGUCGAGGAAGUUCUGUCAACGAUCUUAGCUCUGUGCUACAAGAUGGGGAAAGCUAAAGCUGCGUGCCAGCACCUGCACGGUCGACUGAUGCAGAUAUUCAACGAGCUUCAAACAAUGGAUAAGAACAAAUACCCCAAGACGCACUGGACAAGUUCAAGGCUACUGUGGCAACCAUUUUUGGCUUAUCUGCAGCGCUAUGCAGGGAAGAAGUUGGUGUUCCGCAUCGUGGAGCACUGGGCCAUUACGACCGAGCUUCUUCAGGUCAACGAGACUAUAGCGGCGCUGUUUGGGACGCUCGGAGUCGCUACAAGUACGCCGUGGAGAGAUCUGUGGGACGACGAGUUGCUGUGA